CGGCCGGAGUGCGCGGGGCGGGGCUUGGGGGCGGGUCCGCUCGGCGGCUGAAGCCGUGGGACCGGAGCGCGGCACUGUCUUGGCCGGGCCCGCCCGGGGAUGGGCCUGAUCUUCGCCAAGCUGUGGAGCUUCUUCUGCAACCAGGACCCCUUAGAUGUAGUCUGCAGCCCCCCAGGAGUCUGCAGACCAUGGGCUGAAAACCAUCGGUCUAGGGUCAGGCUGCAGGAACACAAAGUAAUAAUAGUGGGACUUGACAAUGCUGGAAAGACUACCAUUCUUUACCAGUUCUUAAUGAAUGAAGUGGUCCAUACCUCUCCAACAAUAGGAAGCAAUGUUGAAGAAAUAGUAGUAAAAAACACCCAUUUUCUAAUGUGGGACAUUGGAGGGCAAGAGUCAUUACGCUCAUCAUGGAAUACUUAUUACUCAAAUACAGAGUUCAUCAUUCUUGUUAUUGACAGCAUUGACAGAGAGCGGCUUUCUAUCACAAAAGAAGAACUUUACAGAAUGUUGGCCCAUGAGGAUUUGCGAAAGGCUUCAGUUCUUAUCUUUGCAAAUAAGCAAGACAUGAAAGGUUGUAUGACAGCAGCUGAAAUAUCUAAAUACCUCACCCUUAGUUCCAUAAAGGAUCAUCCAUGGCACAUACAGUCCUGCUGUGCUCUUACAGGAGAAGGGUUAUGUCAGGGUCUGGAAUGGAUAACCUCCCGUAUUGGAGUCAGAUGACUUUUUUUGACAAAAGACUGCUUUAUUUAUUUUGUGAACAUGUACAUUUUUCUGGUACUUUUAGCUGCUAAGGCAGCAACCAGGUUUAAUUUAUAAAGGAAAUCUCCAAGCAGCACUUGAAUCAAGUGCAGCUGAACUGAAACACAAAGUAUUUUCUUAACGUUUUUAAAUGUGCUAAUUCACAACUGGAUGAACACGUGAAUCUGCAUUUCAGCAUCAAAAUUCUUCUGAUUGUUAUUUUUCAAUGAUCAACUUUUAAAAUUAGUUUUGUCAUUGAUAAUGUUUCAUACUUGCCCUUUGUAAUGAUGUAAACAAUUCUUGUAACUUACUAACAGGCCCAAAGGUGGUUUAUCUAACAGUGGAAAAAUUAGUGAGUAGAUGGGUCUUACCCUAGCAUAGUUUUUAAUGAUCUCAAACAAUAGUCCAAUUGAUAAUGGUGAUAAGACCAUCUCAAAACACAGUGCAGGAUAUAGGAAUUUGAAGAGUGGAAUACAGGCUCUGUAGCAUUGAAGGUUAUAUGGCUGAUUUGGGGAUUUUUUUUAUAUGUAUAACUUCUUCCAUAAGAAAAAAUUCCUGCCCUUUUACUUUAUUUCCAUUUUUCUAGUAAGUAUUUCUAAAUAGUGAUUUUUUUUAACCUGAAAACAGCUUUUCAGGGUGGAUAAAAAUUGGUAAAAAUAAUUUUAAUGUGUUUUAUUUUAAUUGAAUUUUUAUUCAAAUAAAGUUUUCUGUUUUAAAAAAAAAAGUUUAAAUUUAAAAUCAUAUCGGCUUCUAAGGUUAUCAUAAUCUAUUAAAAUAAUUUAAAUAAUUUGCACUAAAAAGCCCUCUUCAAUUUUUUAAGCAAUUAAAAGGUCCUUCUUUACUUGUAUACAGAGUUGGGAUAAAAGUCUAUGCAUUCAAGGUCAAAUCAAGCUUUAUAAGUGUAAUGCUUCAUACCUUUAUUUUUUGUCUUUGCAGUGGAGAGAAUGCCUAUAUUUACAUUUUUUCCUAUGUAUUUUCCAUUUCUGUUGUGCCGAAAAGAUUUAUUUGCCUUAAUUUUUGUUUCAAUUUAGCUAGAAUUUUUCCCCCAGUUACAGUAAUUAAAAAUUCCAGUGAUUUGUGGGGGAGGGGAUAGAAUGGAAAGGGAUGGGACGAGGUAGGACAGGACAGGGCAGGACUUCCAGCCCAGACAAAACAAAACAGUUUCUUCUUUCAGGUAAUGAAGUCAAGUCAAGAAAAGGAUUAGAUUAUCUAACUUGAAAGAUGUAGAGGUAGGUUUUUAUACAUAUUUAGGCACCUGAAGAUGAAAAUAACUGCCCAACUUUUUUAGGCACUUCUGAAAGAUUUCCCUAGGUAGAUGACUCCCACUGAAAUCCAUUUUCAGUGGUAAUUAGGUGCCUAAUAUGCCUAAGGCCAGUAGAAUUUUUCAAAAGUUCCUAUUUCAGUUGUGGACACCUAAAUACCACUAAAAAUCUUGCCUAAAGUAACUAGAAAGAAUCUAUUAAUUCACUAACAGUUAAUGUUUUCUUUUUAAUAAAUUAAUUUUAAAUGCCUAGCAUGUUUUAGUAAUCUUUUUUUCUCUGUCAUGAAUCUAGCACGCUUUAAGGGGUUUUUUGUUUUGAUUAAUAAAAACUUUUUUGUACACCUUUAA